AUGGCAGGAGAGAAGAGCCUGCCAUGGAAGCAGGCGGAGCAGCGAAGGAGGGACAGCGACAAAGAUGUGUUUGGGCAGACUGGGAGUCAGCGUGGGGACGGGACAUGGGGUCCCCACCAGAAAGGUAUGGUGGGACGAGGAGACGUCUUUGUGGUGGAUGAAGACACAGAUCUGGCUGAUCCAAAUCUCCACGGGGGGCACCUUAAUCCUCAGUGGAAACCCAGCAGGCAGGGCCCUAAGGGCAGCCAUGAGGGCAAGCCUGAGCCCUCCUCCAAACUCCUGGACGAGAACAUCACCAUGGACAAGAAGACGGCAGACUCUGGAGGGAGGGGCAUCGGCCUGUUUCCCGGGAAACCCUCGGAUGACAGCAUUAUUGAUUUGGAUCCUGAGUUUUCCUCGAAGAAGCCUUCCAUUGUUAAGACUCCAAUAAAGACCCCCCUGGACCCGGAGCACCCAGACUUUAACCUGUUGAGGCAGGAGGUGGAGGGGCCCCAGACCCCCUUACGGACCGCCCUCGCCCCCACCUCAGUGCCCCCUGCCCCCCCUCUAGAAGCUGUGACUGAGGAGAGGAGACCCACCACACACAUCCCCACCCAGCCUGACCCAAACCCUGACUGUGCUAUCACUGUGGAACGAGGACCAGAACGCCCAGGCACUGUGACCAUCGUAUCCAGAGCAGGGGACCUGGUUCUGGGCUCUGAUGGCCAGAUGUAUAGGGUCCAGAGAGGGCCCCCAGGCAGAAUGGGGCCCCCAGGAAAGGAGGGUUUUGCUGGUCACGCUGGCUUGCGUGGGUUCAAAGGUGACAAGGGCCAGCUGGGGUCUGAGGGGCGUGCAGGGCGACAGGGGGAUCCAGGCCCCCCCGGCCCACCUGGCCUGCCCUCUUUCUACCUGUGGAAGAACACUGUUGAGGAGUGGGCUACUUUUCAGAAAACCUCUUUCUACCAGUUGCUCAGCGCUGGCUGGCCUAGGGAGCAGGGACCCCCAGGACCAGCUGGGGAGAUGGGGAAGCCAGGCCCACAGGGUGAGCCGGGGCCAAAUGGCGUGGCGGGCAGAGCAGGGCUCCAUGGGAAAGAUGGAGCGAAUGGGCAGGACGGUCAGCCUGGGACGCUGGGUGAUCCCGGGCGACAGGGACCCUUCGGGUACAGGGGAGACGGCGGUUCCAAAGGAGAAAAGGGGGAGGAGGGACCUCAGGGAGUCAGAGGGGCCACUGGCCCAGAGGGGCCCCCCGGCCCUGAUGGGGAGGCUGGGUUUGAUGGGUCUCCAGGGCCUCCUGGGUCAAUGGGAGCCGCUGGUUUCACAGGCUCUGUCGGCGCUCAGGGAGUUAACGGCUCAAAGGGACCAAUGGGGAUGAUGGGUAUCCGGGGUGAGCUAGGGUUCGAGGGGCCCAUGGGCAAAAGAGGACCAGACGGGGAUAAGGGAGACCCUGGACCAAAGGGGGAGAGAGGUGUUCAGGGUGCUUUGGGUAUCCAAGGGCCUCAGGGAGAGAGGGGUCCCAGUGGCCCCCCUGGCUUUACAGGGCUCAAAGGUCAACCUGGCACUAAAGGCAUUGAGGGGGAGAAUGGAGAAACUGGCCCUCAGGGAAAACUGGGCAGAGAGGGGCUGAAGGGGAAUAGAGGAACAGAUGGGCGCAACGGCAAGCCUGGACACAGAGGAACCAAGGGUCUAUCUGGUUCAGUGGCAAUAGCUGGCAGUAAAGGCCUGAAGGGAUUCCAGGGCAUUGCUGGAGAGCCAGGUCCAGAUGGCCCCUCAGGACCUCCGGGUUUCCCGGGUAACGUGGGAAUGCGUGGUACAACAGCUCACAUGGGAGAGAGGGGAGAGACCGGCAUGAGAGGCCUGCCUGGUCCUUCUGGGAAGCCUGGACCUCCAGGUCGGCUGGGGGAUCUGGGACCCACAGGGUCAGAGGGCCUACAGGGACCCCCGGGUCUGCAGGGUUCAGAUGGAGGGACAGGGAAGCCGGGGCCCAGGGGAAGCAGAGGGCCUCCGGGUACACAAGGUCCUGACGGACCAGCAGGAACCUCAGGAAUUUCAGGUGCUGGUGGACUCAUAGGACCAACAGGGGAAAGAGGAGAAAUGGGUACUCCUGGCCAAUCAGGGUUGGAGGGGCCACCAGGAACGAAAGGGGAACAGGGGGACCUAGGGCCUUGUGGGAAGUUUGGUCCUCCAGGGCAGCCUGGAGAUCGAGGCCUACAGGGGCUCAAAGGGUUGCAAGGCUCUCGUGGACAAAUGGGAAAAGAGGGUGAUGUUGGACCUACUGGCGAUGCUGGUGGUCCAGGUUUCAAAGGGGAGAAGGGUGAUGUGGGGCCUCUGGGGCCAACAGGGCGGAAUGGUCCAUGGGGGGCGCUGGGGGAGAAUGGGGAGAAGGGACCAAAAGGAGAAAAGGCCCACAUCGGACUUAUGGGUCAGCCAGGAUUUAUGGGAGGACUAGGACCUGCAGGCUUGUCAGGGCUACAGGGUAUCAUGGGCCCCAGGGGGCCUCCAGGGCCAGAUGGACCUGAAGGAGAGAAGGGCCAGUCUGGGUCUGGCGGAGCCAUCGGACGUCCUGGCAGAACAGGGCCUCCGGGGGUGGCUGGAGUCUCAGGGGUCAGAGGUGACCCAGGGAUGCCAAGAGCACAGGGUCCAGUUGGGAAGGUUGGGCCUGAGGGAGACUUGGGCCAUAAAGGUGAGCCAGGGCCAGACGGGGGAAAAGGGGAGCCAGGGGGAUCAGGCGAGCCAGGAGAACAGGGGCUCGACGGUCUGCCAGGCAUCAGAGGGCCACCAGCACUUCCUGGUUUAGAGGGGCUACAGGGUGAGGUGGGAGCCCAGGGGCCAGAAGGUCCCGUUGGGGUGCUGGGUGUCAGGGGAAGCCAAGGACCUGAGGGACAACAGGGACUGAAAGGAGAGAAGGGAGAUGACGGCAGAGAUGGAUCACCUGGAAAGACAGGUCACAUCGGAAGGAGGGGAAUCCCAGGCUUGCGAGGAGACGGAGGGGAUCAGGGUGAUAAAGGGAGCAAGGGAGAGAAAGGGGACAUAGGGCCGCUCGGUCCACCAGGGGGUGAUGGCCUAAAGGGUUUGAAAGGAUUUGAGGGAUAUCCUGGGCAACCUGGUAAGAGGGGCCUGCCGGGGGCACCUGGACUCCCAGGACUUCCAGGUCCUUCAGUGAAUAUGACCCUCACUCAACUCAAGGACCUGAUGUACCUGUCAGACAAGCCCAACUACCCCCUGAUCCAGACCCUGCUGGACUCUCUGCACCAGGACCUGAGGCUGCUGCUGGACCCACCUGACGGCAGCAAGGAGCACCCUGCCACCACCUGCCUGGAGCUGUGGCUCUGCCACCCUGAUUACACUAGUGGGAUGUAUUACAUUGAUCCUAACCAGGGCAGCCCUGCUGAUGCUCUCCUGGCCUACUGCAACUUCUCUGGCACAGCCGCACACACCUGCCUUCACCCCAGAGACGCCCAGUUCUAUUAUCCAGGGGCCAAUGUGGUCCAGAUGCGUUUCCUGAGGUUGCAGAGUUGGAGAGCCUUGCAGAAGAUCACCUACACCUGCCACCCGGGACACAGACUGGGCCACACAGACAGAGAGGUCAAGUUCCUGACAGACACAAGGAGACAGAGUUACUUAGGAGCUCUUAACGACUGCAUUCCGGGAGAAGAGGUGGACUCGCUGGAGCCGUGGGAGUCUGUGUUUGAAUUUGAGGACCUCAACCUGCUUCCUGUGAGAGAUGUGGCUGUGUUCGGGGGCGGAAAUGUCACACGCGAGUUUGGCUUCACCAUCGGGCCCGUGUGUUUCAGCUAG